AUGUCCUUCAUUUUCAGACAGCGGACUGGGCCUUUGGGCCCCACCCGAGUGGUCGUUACAGGGGCAGGCGGGCAAACUGGCAGUCUGGUUGUGCAGAAGCUGUUGGCGCAGAAGGUGGCGACUACGGCAGUGGUGCGCAGUGAGACCAGUGAGGCCUCGCUGAGGGAGAAGCUGGGAGAUGCCAAGGACCUGCAGGUGGCGCUGGCGGAUGUGACUCAGCCCGAGAGUCUCAAAGAUGCCUUCAAAGGUGCAGACGGCUUGAUCAUUGUGACCAGCUCCAUGCCUCGACUUCUGAAGUCUUCCCUAGUUGGGGUGGUGGUUGCAAAGAUUGUCUCCCUGGGCUAUGCGUCGAAGAAGCCGUCCUACUAUUUUGAUGAGGGCCAGACUCCAGAAGAGGUUGAUUGGAUUGGGCAGCGCAGCCAGAUUGAUGCGGCGAAAGCGUGUGGCAUUAAGCACAUCGUGCUGGUAUCAUCAAUGGCAGGCACAAAGCCAGAUCAUUUUCUGAAUACCCAGAUGGACAACCUUGUGCUGUGGAAGCGCAAGGCCGAGUGCUAUCUCAUGUCCAGUCAAGUUCCUUACACCAUCAUCCAUCCCGGCGGCUUGCUUCCGCACUACGGAGACAAGACGCCUGCCCCAGGCGGUCGCCGUGAGCUCUUCGCGGGCUUGGACGACUCCUUAUUGGACGACGAAGAGAAGAGUCGGAGCCUGGUGCCGCGAGAGGACGUGGCCGCCGUUUGCGUCAGCUGCAUCAUGGAGCCUCAGGUGUCCCAGGGCCGGUCCUUCGACCUGGGCGCCAGCUGUGAAGAAGACGAGCCGAAGGCGUUGAACCUGAAAGCUCUGCUGGAGCCGCUCCAAGGCAAGAACUGCACCUACACCAAAGAAGACGCCGAGUUCAAGGCCAACCUCAAGGCAAGAAGCUGCCCGUGCGGAGUGGAGCAGGCCAUGAAGCGCCGGCCGGUGUGCGCCGCGCUGUCGGACUCUGAGAAUGAGAUGGAGCCUUGGCGGAGUGGACUUGUGGUGAAGCCACCAUCCAAGAAGAAGGCGGUAGACGGCGCCAAGGACACCAAGGACACCAAGGCGCCGGAGGAGGUGAAGGAGAAAGAGAAGGAGAGUAAGCCGAAGAAGGAGAAGGAGUUUGCUUGGAUGGACUCCGAUGAAGAGGAGGAACAGAAAGAGGAUCGCGGGAAGGAACAGCCGGCGGAGUCGACAGAGAAGACUGAGGAUGUGUCUGGAAGCGAAGAUGAGAACGCAGACGUUUCCGCUGCAACAUUGGAUGGAGUGGAGACAUUUGGGAGAAUGAUGGUGCUUUCUCCUGCCCUGCUCAAAAAGAUCCCAAGGAUGCUGCCUGAAGAUGUGGCUGCAGCCUGUAGGGCACUCGCCAGAACCAAGUUUUUCGACUCUGACAUCAUCAGGGUGCUGAGCGGCGUGCUGAAGAGGCUGUUGCUCAGGGACAGGUUGAACGUGGAGCAGGCGGACGAUGUCGUGAAAUGCUUCGCGAUCCUCAACGUCUACGAUGAAUCGGUAUUCAGCGCAAUCGCUCGGCAAAUGAAGGUUCGAACGUCUUCCAUGGACCAGGUGCUUCGAACCCAAUGGUAUGAUAUCUACAAGGGCUUCAAGCACGGCGGUGACAAGGACUUCUACCAGUUGCUGCAGGUGCCUCACCUCACGGCUCUGAGCCCGGGCUACAAAAGGUUACGCUGUGAGCACCACCAGCGCGGAGACUGCGCCGUGGGGGAGGCCUGCACCUACUCCCAUGACCCCCGCGCCCCCAUCGAAUUGGAGAACGCCUUCAUUCGCCCUGUCUCCAAGGUGAUGAUGACGCAGACGCAGUCCAACAUGGGCCGGGAUGUCUACGGAGGGCCGCGGAACGGCCAGAUGCCCAGCCAGGCGCACAGCUUCGAGGUGGGCCGGGCGCGGCUCACCGUGCUGCCGCUGCUCCACGGGCGUUUUGAAGGCCGUGGGGGCAGCGAGGAGGCUGCGGAGGCCAUCGUCAAGUUGGCCCCGCGCCAGGUGUUGGUGGAGCUAUGCCAGCGACGCUAUGGCCAGGUCUUGUCUUCGAUGCUGCUGGGUGUGCCGCUGCGGCCCCCGUCCAAGCUGGACCUGCUAGGCAACAUCCACGGCGGCCUGCUGCAACAUGAGCUUGCCCCAAUUCUGAAGGCGGCGCGUGCAGUGGGCGCAGGCGUUCUGCCGAUUGACAGGCCCCAGGCGGCCACGCGCAGCCGCGUGGCACACAGGCUUUGGCAUCCUAAACUUCUUCAAGGGCUGCUUGCCUUUGCAGGAUACUCCCUCCGGCGCCAACGAGAUGCUUCUUCGCUUGCUCUGCCUCAGGACGGCCAGGAGCUGCGCCGCGAGCUGGAGCGCCUCUGCCCAGCAGCGCACGAGGUUCUCAUCGAGGAGAGGGGGUUUUACUUGGCGCAGCAGGUGAGAGCCUUUGGCCGUGGCGAUGUGGCGGUGGUGUGCGGGGCACCCCUCUGUGAGCACUUGGUCAACAGCCUGAGACAAGCAGAGGUGCCGGCAGCACAGGAUCCUCAGGCCGGAGCUGAGAAGAUGCUGAAACUGGCGAAGCGGGGAGUGCCUGUGUGGCCGCUCUACCUAUUUGCCUAUGGGAUUGUUCCGGCUGGUCUCACUGGCUACGCGCUGGUUUGCGCUUGGGAGAGCUUCCUCGCGCCGGAGCUGGAGGCGCCCUUUGCGCAGUGA